UCAUGGGUAAUGGCCGCUGUGCGGCGCGGCCGUUCUUUCGCUCGGAGCCAGUGCCAUGUCUCUUGGGUGCGUCACCGGUGCAUGGUUCACGUGAAGCACGUUUUAACCACAGUUUUAUCGCUGCCUCACAACUUGUAUAACCAUGGACGCCGGCCAGCUUAUCGAUAUUCUCCGGGCCACCAUAGACCCAAACCAGCGAGAGACGGCGGAGAAACAACUCGAGCAGGUACACAAGAUCAUUGGCUUUGCGCCGUCUCUGCUGCAAGUCGUGAUGACUGCCAGCCUAGACAUGCCCGUGCGCCAGGCAGGCGCCAUCUACCUCAAGAACCUGGUGGUUCAGUUCUGGCAGGAGAAAGAGCCGCCACCGCAGACGCAGCCACAGCCGCAGCCGCUGCCCUUCCACAUUCACGAGCAAGAUCGAGCCAUGGUGCGAGAUGCACUUGUCGAUGCCAUGGUGCACGCACCCGAACUGAUCAGGGUUCAGCUUUCGUCCUGCCUUGGCUGCGUGCUCAAGCACGACUUUCCGGGCCGAUGGACGGGUGUUGUGGACAAGGUCUCUAUCUACCUGCAAUCACCUGAGAGUGCCGGCUGGGCUGGCGCACUCCUGGCCCUGUACACACUUGUCAAGAACUAUGAGUACAAGAAACCUGAGGAGCGGGAGCCUCUGCACGAGGCAAUGCAGCUGCUGCUGCCCUUGCUGCAGCAGCGCCUGGCACAGCUGCUGGCCGACCAGUCAGAGGCCUCGGUGCUCCUGCAGAAGCAGAUCCUGAAGAUCUACUUUGCGCUCGUGCAGUACCACUUCCCUUUGGGGCUCAUCUCGCGUGAUGUGUGCACCCAGUGGAUGGAGCUGCUGCGAGUCAUCCUCGACCGACCAGUGCCCGAUGUGGCAAACCAGGUGGAUGAAGAUGAACGGCCCGAGCUGCCCUGGUGGAAGUGCAAAAAGUGGGCCUUCCACAUCGUCACACGCAUAUUUGAGAGAUAUGGCAGCCCUGGAUCUGUGAGCAAGGAGUAUGGAGAAUUUGCUGAUUUCUUCCUUAAAGCCUACACCGAAGGAAUCCUCCAGGUAGUGCUUCGUCUGCUUGACCAGCACCGACAGAAGGUCUAUGUCUCGCCCAGAGUACUGCAACAUGCGCUCAACUACCUGCGUCAUGGUGUGUCUCAUGCCUUCUCCUGGAAGUUCCUGAAGCCCCACAUAGUGGGCAUUGUGCUGGAAGUGGUGUUUCCCUUGCUGUGCCACAAUGACCAGGACGAUGAACUGUGGAAAACGGACCCGCACGAGUACAUUCGGCUCAAGUACGAUGUGUUCGAGGACUUCCUGUCGCCUGUGACGGCAGCCCAGAGCCUGGUGCACAUGGUGUGCAAGAAGCGCAAGGGUGUGCUGCAGCGUGCCAUGGCCUUCGUGGUGGCCCUGCUUACCAGUCCGGCCUGCUCCCCCCGGCAGAAGGACGGUGCUUUGCACCUGGUUGGCACUGUGGCCACCCUACUGCUCAAGCGCCGCAUGUACAAGGACCAAAUGGAGGCAAUGCUGGUGGCUCACGUCUACCCGGAGUUCGGCAGUUCCGAGGGUUUCCUGCGGGCUCGGGCCUGUUGGGUGCUUCACUACUUCUGCGAGAUGCCCUUCCGCACCGAGGCCAACCUGCUGCGUGCUGUCGAGCUGCUCACCCACUGCCUCCUCCACGAUUCGGAACUUCCAGUACGUGUCGAGGCAGCCAUAGCCCUUCAGGCUUGCCUCACCUGCCAGGAGAAAGCGCAAGCGACCGUGAAGCCUAAGAUCAAAGAGAUUACCAUGGAGCUACUGAAGAUAAUCCGGGAGACAGAGAACGAUGAUCUGACCAACGUCAUGCAGAAGAUUGUCUGCAUGUACGCUGAUGACAUUGCACCUAUUGCUGCAGAGAUGACUCAACAUCUGGUGGCUACCUUCACCCAAGUGGUGGAGACUGGUGGGGACGGUGACGAGAAGGCGAUGGUGGCCAUGGGGGUGCUGAACACGCUGGACACCCUGGUGACUGUGCUGGAGGAACAGCGUGAGCUGGUGGCCAUGCUGGAGCCCACUCUGCUGCAGCUGCUGGUUGGUCAGGUGCUGGGGCAGUCCCUGCUGGAGUUCUACGAGGAGGCCCUGUCUCUGCUCUACUCUCUCUCCUGCCGGGGCCCUCUCUCGGCCGACAUGUGGAAGGCCUUUGAGGCCCUCUACCUUGCCUUCCAGAAAGACGCCUUCGACUUCUUCACUGACAUGAUGCCAGCACUGCACAACUUUGUCACAGUGGACACGCCUGGGUUUGUCAGCAACGAGAACCACCUGCUGGCCAUGUACAAUAUGUGCAAAGCAGUUUUGGAGGGUGACUCUGGUGAAGACCCCAAGUUCCAUGCGCUCAAACUUCUCGAGGUGAUCAUACUACAGUGCAAGGGCCAGAUUGAUCAGUGCAUACCCUCGUUUGUGGAACUGGCAAUCAGGACACUAGCAGAAGCUGGUUCGGCCAUUGGUCUGCAGGUCUUAUGCCAGCAGGUUGUCAUAGCAGCCCUCUACUACAACCCUGUGCUUCUCUUUGAGACACUAAGCAAGAUCCAGAGGCCAGACACACAGGAGAACCUACUGGACCACUUUGUCAAGAUGUGGCUAGGCAACAUUGAGUACUUCAUGGGGCUGCACGACCGCAAGAUGUGCGUGCUGGGGCUCUGCACGCUGAUCAGCCAGCGGUCACGACCACAGGCACUCUCAGAGAUGGCACCCCAGGUGGUGCCCUCACUGUUGGUGCUCUUUGAUGGCCUCAAGAGGGCCUAUGCCUACCGUGCCCAGGAGGAAGAAGAAUCUGAUGACGAGGAGGAAGACGAUGAUGACUGUGAAAAUGACGUGCUAGACUCUGACGAGGACGAGCUUGACGACGAGGGCCAGGAGUACCUGGCGAGGCUGGCUCGCCGUGCCAAGAAGGGAUCGCCAUUCCCGGUAACUUCAGCCACCAUCGAGGAUGACCCUGAUGAGGACGACGACGAUGAGGACGAGGAGGACGAAGAAGAAGAAACUGCACUUGAAUCGUACACGACACCCCUUGACGAUGAUGAGUGCCCUAUCGAUGAGUACCAGGUGUUCAAGGAGGUCAUGCAGGGCCUCCAGAGUGCAGACCCGAUGUGGUUCGGUGCCCUGACCUCAGGCUUAUCUGCCGAGCAACAGAAGUCCCUGCAGGAAGUGUAUGUGCUCGCUGACCAGAGGAAGGCAGCCGCAGAGUCAAGACGGAUUGAAAAGAGUGGUGGCUACGUGUUCCAGAACCAGACAGUGCCCACGUCGUUCAACUUUGGCGGUGCUCCUCUCUGCUAGCUGCCACAGCUCAAUGAAGGCCCUUUUGUCCCGUUUCUCUCUCUAGCUGGCCUCUUUUCUUGUUUGCCGUUCCUUUUUAGCCUCUGGUGUUUUCUUUUCUCUUCUUUGCACUCGGCUGCCUUUUCUCACCAGAGAAGGCCUCUUCUUUCUGCUGUGUGGGACACUUUGCCAAGAGACACUUCUCUGCCAGUGCAACUGUGUCCAGGGAAGCAUUGCACUUGUGGCACUGGACUAUCAAUGCAGCACGGCCGGUGCCACCCAUCUGCUGGGAGUAUGUUCCUAAAUCUACAACUGCUGCAUUGCUGCCCGUGACACCAGUGGCAGUCUUCGCCCUGUCUGCCUUGAUCGAACUCCCACACCACCGCUUUCGGUUACCAUCGGUGCUCAAAAGAGUUGAAGAAAUGACUGCCACUGAAAACACCGAAGCGGCUCUGCGUGGCCACAAACUCACCUCUUGCCAAGUCUCAAGGCCGAUCUCGAAUCGGUGAAAGCAUGCUGGUUCUUUCAAUGUACGGAAAAAACUGAGAGACGAGGCUCUGCUAGUAGCUUCUCUCGUGCCACUUACCAUUUUCCUCAACAUCCAGACGGUGGCACACGUGCAUGUGACGUGGUGACGAGUGUGUGCUGUUGUGUGCCGGACACAUUGCAGUAAAGCAAAAAUGAGAAAACUGUGGCAGUGGUGUUUAUCUCCCUGCAGAAGAUUGUGAGAAGCAUGGUUGUUUGUGCAGCUCUCUUCUACCUUUGUAGACGUGCUUUUGUGGGGAAAAGAAAAUGUGUUGGGCUGUUUGUCAUAUUCAGGUGUGUAAAGCAUGCGUAUAUUUUGACAGCGAAGGGGGCUUUGUUGUACAGCUGCUUGAUUAUCCCCCCCUGCUUUGUUUAUCGUACCUCUCACCUUCGAGCAUCUCGGCUGCGACUCUGUGUGCUUGGGCUUUGACCUUUGUGGCUGCAGAACUAGGCUUAGCAGCCGGUAUGCGAACUUGUAACUCUGUGGGGAAGAGAGUGGGUUGUUGUGGCCUGCACGAUACGAGCCACUAGUGUACAAAUUGAAGUGAGGGGGUGCGAGUGAUGUGUUGAGAACAAGAGGCUACUAUUUUUUUUGUCACUCUUAGCGCACGUACUGCGUGGCACCUAGUGGGGUCACGAGACGGCUGUAGAAAACCGAGUGGCAAAGAGAAGCAGGCGAAUUUAAAAUGACAAUUGUUGCCUUAAAGGUGUGCAAAAGAGGCUUGCCUGGCAGUCUCGUGUUUUGAGUUUUGCAUUUGGAACUGUGAGAGUACUGACAAAAAUAAAAUCUAUUGACACAA